CGACCGCCGCUCAUCUUCAGCUUUCUAUGACUGAUUUGAAAGAGCAAACUUUAACUGACAAAGAGAGCAGACUGUUAACGGCAUUGCAAGAUGCAACUCUGCCUCACAACCACCCUUUCGACCGUAGUGCUCCUGGGAAGCUUCAUUAAACUUCGAGCUGAAAUUACAAGACCGGCUUCUACUGACGGUGAUGGUCUUGGCUCUCAGGUGUGUCCCAUGUGCUGUCAGGGACCUGCUGGAACACCCGGAAUACCCGGCUUACCAGGAAACCAGGGCCUAUUGGGACCUAUUGGGUCGAAUGGCGAUCCUGGGGUCAAGGGGGAGAAAGGUGAGAUUGGUCCAGUUGGGAAUGCUGGUGAGGUUGGAGCUCUCGGGAAUCCUGGUCCUAAGGGGGACAACGGAAUAGGCUUUCCUGGUAAGACAGGUCCCAGAGGUCCAGUUGGUGAGGUGGGAGCUCCCGGGAAAGCAGGGAUCAAAGGUCAAAAAGGAGAGCCAGGGGAGAUGCCAGAUGACUCCGUUCACCAGGUGGCAUUCACCGUGAUGCGGACGAGCGUAUCAAGUAAAUUUAGCAGUCUGGAUAACCGCUUGGCCUUCGAGCGGGUCCAGACGCUUCUGCCGGCUACUAGCUUUGAUCUUGCGACUGGGACAUUUACCUGUAAUGUGCCAGGGACCUACCUGUUCACCUUUUCUGUGUACAAAUAUAAUCAUGAAAUUAACCUCUACGUCCAGCUUAGGAAUAACAACAACAUCAUUGUCACUUGCUUUAGUCAUGAGUCUAUUUUAAGUGAGCACGUGUCUGCGAGCGCGGUGCUGGUUCUGCAACGAAGAGACUCAGUGUAUUUGACGAUGAAAGGUCAGACUUGGAGUGACAACAAUCACUACACCUCAUUCAGUGGCUUCUUGCUUUACGCCGAAUAAAAAAAAAUAUCAAGCACUCGUGAAAUUACAAGAUUAUGUGAGUGGGCGUACCCAUGUUAUACGGGAUAACAUGGGUAUUUAUCCACUACGUUUUGAGGCAGGGGUAGCAUUGAACCCCCUUUCAUUGUGAACAAAUAAUUACAGGGGACUGUGUAGAUUUUGUUGGACUUCCUAUCGAUUACAAGUAUUACUCCAAAAGGGAAAACGAUAAAGACAUAAUUGUAUGCUAUUCUUGUUUCAGAUUCUGCAUGAAUAUAAUACGUGCUAAAAGUGUUCAUCUGUAUCAUAAUCAUCACUCCUGUACAGUUUUUAUAAGGUGUCAGCCCCUCCCCCCUUUAAUUUUCCAUGCCAGACAACACCAUGGAUUGUGUGUAAGUUACUAGGGCAACUAUCUUAUACAAGAUUCAUUUAUCACUCUGAGUUGCGUUAAAAUUAUGUGGCCAACACCAUAUAUUGGCCUUAACCUAUUAGUAAUCAACACAAUAACCCAGUUAAGUAUUUCUUUGGGCUUCAUUUUUUUUAGUUGAUUACCCUCUGGUCAUCUUUGUUCACAGUGUAGGCUUUUGCCAAUGGCUCCAUUUUUCAAUCUACCUGUUGCAUUAAAACAAACAAUUCUUCCCUACAUCCGUAGACUACCAAAGUUCUUGGUAUCCUUGCAAAAUAUCCUAAAUAUUAAAAAUGAAUUUCUGGUUUCUUUUUACUUAAAGGGAUCCUCACUCCAAACAAAACCAGGUAGUGGUAUGCUUCAAAAAUUCUGGAGCACUUCAUUUCAAAGUUUGGAAACAUGGGGAUCCCCCUCCCUUUACAAUUUGUCACUAGAAAUUAGUUUAAGUGCAAACCUCUACACACGUUGUUAAGAUCUUUCAAGUUUGUGACAUGAUGAUACUUUGUACCUAAAACUGUAUUUUCGAAAACUAUUUCUGUAAGUCGUGUUUGAUAUCCAGCUGUUAUUUACAUCUGUACACUUUUUCCAUUGAAAUAUUAACUCAUGAAAGAUGAUGUAAGAUUUAGUACCAUGACUCGUGAGAAAUUCCUCUUCGAGGCACUCUUACUAAAGCAGACAGUUUCACAAUGCCUAAAUUCCUUCAUGAAAUUAUAUUUUAUAUCUUUUACAGCUCCAUAGCUUACACUUAUGACGUACUGCACACAAACAGUGCUGCAAAGGGGCUCCUGCCGAUUCAAAUUUAUUUUGGGCACUUUUGCCCCAAAGAGCGAGUUAAAUAUCAUCCUAAUUUUACAAUGAUAUGUACCAUUUUUUAUGAAUAGAAUUUUGCCGCAAAUCCAAAACAGAUUUUUAAAUUAAAGUAGAUCUUGUCAUGACUGACUUGAUCGAAAGUCAGCAAAUUCCACGAUUUGAUAAAUUGUGAAAUAUUGAGUAACAUUUACAGUAAAAAGCUGAAGUUGUUAUUUCGCAUUGUAGUGAUAACCAUGGUUUUAUCCAGAAAAACAUUUCUCACAAUAAAACUGGGAGGAGAAAAUU